CCUCUCAAAUAGUUAGGCUGACUUGAUAUCCCCGACAUUUACUUUUGAUCAGAAUCUCAGCCCUGGAUGUCACUCGAUUAGACUCUCCUCCAUCCUCUCCUUCUUCCUCUUGCUGUUUGUUCGAUUUCCACCUUUUCCCCCUUUCAUUCGUUACUCUUAUUCGCUCGCUAGGUUUUGGUGCUUUCUUGCUCUCUUCUCGAUUUCAGCAAAUCAGCCAGUCUUUGUUUUUUUUUACGCCUCCCAUCUGUUCCCUGCGUUUUGUGAUAGAUAGACCUUAAUAACCCACGACGGAACUGGAAAGAAAGAAAGAGAGAGAGAAAACACUCACGAGCUGGUCUGCCGGCACUGAUACAGGAGGAGGCUUGAUGGGAUACUAAUCCUUAUUUUCGAACGGCAUCGCAUCCCCCUCCUUCACUUCGCGAACUGUUGCCACAGACGCGGCAGACACUGUGCGCUCAUCGACCGACCAUCCACUAUGAGGUGGAGACUUUCCUCGGGAGGGUUGAUAGCACUCUUCGCAGUCACGUCGAUAUGUUGGCCAUACGAUGAAGCGUGGGUCGAUUAUAACCUCAACGAGAACAAGACUGCGACAAACCCGGCGGAGUACUGGGGGGAAUGGCCCAACCAUCAAGGGCAAUACUUCCCCUCUCCCGACAACUGGCGUUUUCCAUUCUACACACUGUUUCUGGACCGAUUUGUCAAUGGAGACCCGACAAAUGACAAUGCCAAUGGAACCUUGUUCGAGCAUGACCUCAACUCCAACCAAAUGCGCCACGGUGGUGAUGUGAAGGGCUUGGUAGACACGUUGGAUUAUCUACAGGGAAUGGGAAUCAAGGGUCUGUAUCUCGCAGGAACGGCGUUGUUAAAUCAGCCGUGGGGUUCGGAUGGUUAUUCGGCUCUAGAUACCACCCUUCUAGACCACCAUUUCGGGACUCUUCAGGGAUGGCGAGACGCAAUUACUGAAAUCCAUAAGCGCGGCAUGUAUGUCGUUUUCGAUAACACAAUUGCUACCAUGGGCGAUUUGAUCGGAUUCGAAGGUCACCUAAACUCAACCACACCAUUCUCGGAAAAGGAAUAUAGAACUCUCUGGAAGACGAGCCGUCAGUAUGUGGAUUUUCGUAUCGGAAACACAUACAACGAGACUUGUGACUACCCCAGGUUCUGGUACGAGAAUGGGUAUCCGGUCAAUGAAUCCUUGAUCUCUGGCCUUGUUGGAUGCUACGAUAGUGACUUCGACCAAUACGGUGACGUGGAAGCUUUUGGUGUGUGGCCAGACUGGAAACGUCAACUCGCCAAAUUCGCCUCGGUGCAGGAUCGUUUACGAGAGUGGCAUCCUACUGUUCGAGAAAGGCUGAUUCGCCACUCCUGUACCAUCAUCGCCUCUUUGGAUAUCGAUGGGUUCCGAUAUGAUAAGGCAACCCAGGCGACUGUCGAUGCGCUAGGAGAUAUGUCCCAUGCAUACCGUGAAUGCGCUCGCAAAGUGGGCAAAGAGAACUUCUUUAUUAGUGGUGAAAUUACCGGAGGCAAUACAUUUGGAUCGAUCUAUCUUGGUCGUGGCAGACAGCCAAACCAGCAGCCUUCGUCGGCUGACGCAAUCAGUUUAACAAAUACCUCAGAUCCCCAAUACUUCCUGCGUGAAACGGGACAAGAAGCUAUUGAUGGUGCAGCAUUUCAUUACUCCACGUAUCGUGCCCUUACCAGGUUUCUGGGAAUGGAUGGCCAGCUAUCUGCUGGAUUUGAUGUGCCCGUCGACUUCGUGGAUGCCUGGGGUCAGAUGGUGGUAACAAAUGACUUGGUCAACGCAAAUACUGGCAAGUUUGAUCCCAGACACAUGUACGGUGUCACCAACCAGGAUGUGUUUCGAUGGCCAACCAUUCAGUAUGGGGUUGAGAGACAGCUAUUAGGCUUGUUUAUUACUACCCUCCUCAUGCCCGGCAUCCCCCUGCUCCUCUGGGGCGAGGAGCAGGCGUUCUAUGUUUUAGAUGCUACUGCUACUAAUUAUAUCUAUGGACGACAAGCUAUGUCUCCCGCGACUGCAUGGAGAACCCACGGAUGCUUUGCUCUAAGCUCGUCGCAGUACUACCACUGGCCUAUUGAGGCGGGACGUCAGGGCUGCCAUGAUGAAAGUGUUGCAUAUGAUCAUCGAGACCCUUCCCACCCAUUAAGGAACAUCAUCAAGCAUAUGUACCAGAUGCGAGAGCAGUUUCCAAUUUUAAAUGAUGGCUAUUCUCUGGUGAACCUUUCCAAAUCCACGGUGGAAGUACGCUACCCUGGUUCGAACACCACUGAUACUGAGACUGGCAUGUGGUCAGUUGUUCGCGAUCUUAAUAGUAACGUGCAAAACUUUGGAUCCAAUGCAGCUAACCAACCUGUGUGGCUUGUUUAUCAAAAUGUGAACCGAACUAUGGAAUAUAAAUUCGACUGCAGCGAUAAUAAAACCGCCUUCAUCUCGCCAUUCCCAACCGGAACACGCGUCAAGAAUCUUUUCUACCCCUAUGAUGAGCUCGAGCUGAUUGAUUCGCCUCAAAAGCUUCAUUUUAAUGGGUCGACUGAGUUUAAUGGUUGCUAUCCCAACCUAACAUUAAAGGCGUAUGAGUUUCGCGCAUAUGUUCCUCAUAAUAUGUUUAUCAAGCACCGGCCUAUGAUCACCCAUUUUACCCCAGGACACGAUUUCCCAGUCCGAUCAACUGUUGCCCCGAACGCCUUUGAAAGCGUGAAAAUCGGAUUUUAUUUUUCGGAGGAGAUGGAUUGUGAUUCAGUGACCAAAGCACUCUCGCUCAACUCGUCAACCGAAAUUGGGAAAACCCCCACACUGGAUACAAGCACGGUAAACUGUACCUCAAUUUCACCGACCCAGGUGUCAUGGACAGGUCAGAUCCCAAGCACAUGGCUUUGGUCCGCUAACUUGACGGGCGUGUACAACGGAGUCCAUCGGUUGACCCUGAACAACGUGAGCAACGCCAAUGGAAAUGCAACCACAAAUUCAGUGGAUCAUUUCCUGUUCCGCAUCGGUCAAGUCGAUAACCCUAUGGUGUUCACGUCCGCCAACUACUCGACUAGUUUGCUUCAUCAAUAUUCUGAGAACCAGACCCUCUUCAUCCAGCACCAUGCUGCCGGCGCAGACCAAUAUCGCUACUCUACCAACUGGGGAAGUACGUUCUCGAACUGGCUGCCAUACAAAGGCGGAAACGUCACGAUUGAUGAGCUGCCGUGGUCUGGCACUAAGCAGCAGGAAUGGAAGGGAAAGCAUGUCCGUGUCGAGUAUUGGAGUCGGUGGACGGGAAGUAGCGAUUAUGUCCAAGAAGGCGAUGUUAACUGGGAAUCUAAAGUGCCCCGCCGCUUCCCCCAUGUCCACCUGAAUGGGCCCUAUAAUCAAUAUGGAUAUGAUCGAGGUCUGGACAACAAGAUUGAGCUGGACACGGUUGAUAGCUACUGGAAGUACCAUUUUACCUCCGAAUGGCCCGCCAUCGCCCAGCUCAAUAUCUGGGGUAUAAACCCCGAUGGUAAACCCGAUCAAAGCUGGGUUCUGGGUGACGUUGACGACGACAAUGUUCUUGAUCGCAUGCCUCCGUCGUCGCUGUCGGCCACCGUCAUCAACAUCACCGAUACGCCGCCGCGCCCCUACAUUUCGUGGAAGUUUUACAUCAAUGACGGCACUCUCAGCUACCACCUGAUUCCAAUUGGCCACGAGAACAUUCAAAUUGCCAUGUUCGUGCUCUUCUGGAUUCUACCACUCUUGACUGGAGCGGCCUGUGUCUACCUCUUCAUGAAAUCAUUUUACAAAGUUGCCUUUAACCAGAAGGGCGUCAGCGAGAAACACAACGCAAUCCCCCUGGUCCUGCGCCGGCGACUCAAGCGCACACGGGCUACCGAUGGAGAGGAGCACUCCAACCCACUUAUGCGGCUCGCCAACAAGUCUGGGUUUUUGCAAAGCACUACCGCACUGGGUGCUGCAACAGGAGGCAAGAGACGAAUGGUCCUGAUUGCAACCAUGGAGUACGACAUUGAGGAUUGGGCCAUCAAGAUCAAAAUCGGUGGUCUUGGAGUCAUGGCACAACUCAUGGGCAAGACGCUUGGCCACCAAGAUCUUAUCUGGGUCGUGCCUUGCGUUGGCGGCGUUGAUUACCCUGUGGACAAAGUUGCAGAACCUAUGACAGUUACUAUCCUGGGUAGUGCGUAUCAAGUGGAAGUCCAGUAUCACGUGUUGAAUAAUAUCACCUACGUCCUACUGGAUGCUCCUGUUUUCCGUCAGCAGUCUAAAACAGAACCGUACCCUGCUCGCAUGGAUGACCUGGACAGCGCAAUUUACUAUUCGGCAUGGAAUCAAUGUAUUGCUGAGACAAUCAAACGAUUCCCCAUUGAUCUCUACCAUAUCAAUGAUUAUCACGGGUCCCUAGCACCUCUCUAUUUACUACCUGGCACUAUUCCUGCUUGUCUGUCACUUCACAACGCUGAGUUCCAGGGUCUUUGGCCGAUGCGAACCCAGCAAGAAAAGGACGAGGUUUGCUCUGUUUUUAACCUUGAACUGGAGACCGUCAGGCGCUAUGUUCAAUUUGGUGAGGUUUUCAACCUUUUGCACGCAGGCGCUAGUUACUUGCGGGUGCACCAGCAAGGCUUUGGCGCAGUCGGUGUCUCCAAGAAGUACGGAAAACGAUCCUACGCACGUUAUCCUAUUUUCUGGGGUCUGCGGAAGGUUGGUAACUUGCCUAACCCAGAUCCAUCUGAUAUUGGAGAAUGGUCCAAGGAAAUUCCCAAGGAAAAUGAUAUUACUGUAGACCCUAAUUUUGAGGCUGGACGAACUGAAUUGAAGCGACAAGCCCAGGAAUGGGCUGGUCUCGAGCAGAAUCCAGAUGCAGAUCUCCUGGUCUUUGUUGGUCGUUGGUCUAUGCAGAAAGGCGUGGACCUUAUUGCUGAUGUGAUGCCUGCGGUGCUAGAAGCCCGCCCUAAUGUCCAGCUAAUCUGUGUCGGCCCUGUUAUUGACUUGUACGGCAAAUUUGCAGCAUUGAAGCUAGAGCAGAUGAUGAAGGUCUAUCCAGGACGUGUCUUUUCCAGGCCUGAAUUUACCGCUCUGCCUCCUUACAUCUUUUCCGGUGCUGAAUUUGCCCUGAUUCCUUCUCGCGAUGAGCCAUUUGGUCUCGUGGCUGUGGAAUUCGGACGUAAGGGUGCGCUGGGUAUUGGUGCACGCGUUGGUGGCCUGGGACAAAUGCCUGGUUGGUGGUAUAAUGUUGAAUCAACAUCAACAUCCCACUUGAUCUACCAGUUCAAGCUGGCAAUCCAAGCUGCCCUUAGCUCUAAAACUGAAACUCGUGCUAUGAUGCGGGCGAGGUCCGCUAAGCAACGUUUCCCUGUUGCACAGUGGGUUGAAGACUUGGAGAUCCUCCAAACAACGGCCAUCCAAAUUCACCACAAACGGAAUAAUAAGGUUCAUGACCGACCCUCGAGUCCCUCCGGAAUCAUGGCAUCUGUCACCCCGCCCAUGAGUCCGCUCAUGUCACCGGGGGGCAUCCCGGGCAUGCCCCACUCUAGAGAGAGCAGCUAUUCCAACUUGGAUGUCGUGGCCGAGAUGGGUAACCAGAACAAGACUAUUUACAGCCGCGAUCCUAGCCCUAGCGGGACUGAGAAACCAAAAUCAGGUUUGAGUAGAUCACUUUCUCUGGGUGUGCGCAGCGGUCCCGGUCAUUUCGAGCGCCGUGGUCGCCCGCGACAGCAGGGUGAUCAGAUUCCCGAGAACGACGAGGUGGAAUCCGAGUCCGAAGAAGACAGCGAUGACGAUACUGGCCACAGUUCUUUUGGGGACGAUGAGUAUACUAUCACUGCGGCCCAGGCGGAGGAGGGUCGUAGAGGACACUCCAGCAUCAUGAAGCCCGGUGUUCAUGCCAUCCCUGCCCCUGGUACGCCUACCGGUCAAGAUUCCUUGCAUCCUCGAUCUAUCAGACCUCCCGUCAGUCCCAGUACUCCCCCAGGCCCAGAGCAGUCCCUCCUUGCGCCGCCCCGACCCCUGAUGGAUCCUGGAAAUCGGCUGAGCAGUGCAUCCGUGCUCUCGCUUGAAUCCGUCGUUGGAAAUAAGAAGGACUUCAAGCUCCAAAAGGUUGAUCCAUUCUUUACCGAUAGUCACGGGGAAUACUACAAUACUUUCAAAACCAAACUCGAGGGUCUCAAUGGGGCCAACUCCGAGUCGCAGCUCUGUAUCGAAGAAUACCUCAUCAAGAGUGAAAGACAAUGGUUUGACCGUUUCCGUGAUGCACGACUGGGCCGCCACAAAUCGCCCACACCCUCGAUUUUCCGUGGAAAGAACAACGAGUCACCGGCAAUGUCAUUCUAUAACGACGAUGCGGCCUCCCAUGUCGCCGGCAGUGAAUAUCAAGAGGAUGAUGAGACUGACGAUGAGUUCCUCCUGGGCAAGGACUACGUGCCCCCGACUGGACUGAAGAAGUGGAUGCAGAUUAAAGUAGGAGACUGGCCAGUGUACACCGUAUUCCUUGCCCUAGGCCAGAUUAUCGCUGCCAAUUCGUACCAAAUUACGCUGUUGACCGGUGAAGUUGGUGAAACCGCAGACAAGCUCUAUGGUAUUGCGACAACGUACGCAAUUGCCUCCAUCUGCUGGUGGCUUGUUUUCCGCUACUUCCAGUCGAUUGUGUGUCUUUCUGUCCCAUGGUUUCUCUACGGAAUAGCUUUCCUUUUCAUUGGCUCUGCGCACUGGGAGACGGACUCCUUCUCUCGGGGGUGGAUCCAGAAUGUAGGAAGUGGCUUCUACGCCGCCGCCUCAGCUAGUGGAUCUGUCUUUUUCGCCUUGAACUUUGGUGACGAGGGUGGUGCGCCUGUCAAAAAAUGGAUCUUCCGUGCCUGUGUCAUCCAGGGUAUCCAGCAAGCAUACAUUAUUGCGCUCUGGUACUGGGGCUCGACUCUUACGAAGGCUUCCAAUGCAGGCCUUUUGACUGAUGCAACCAAUAUCUCCAAUACUUGGAAGAUGACGGCGAUUUGUUAUCCUAUCGCUGCCUUCCUUUGCGGCAUUGGAUUGCUCCUGAUUUUCGGCCUUCCCAACUAUUAUCGUCAAAAGCCGGGCAAAGUGCCUUCAUUUUAUGUGUCGCUGCUGCGCAGGAAGAUUGUCCUUUGGAACUUCGUGGCGGUCAUUCUGCAAAAUUUCUUCUUGAGCGCCCCGUACGGCCGAAAUUGGAGCUUUUUGUGGACGUCCUCUCAUACCCACGCCUGGCAAAUCGUCAUCCUCUGUAUCGUGUUCUUUGGCGUUGUGUGGGUUCUUUUCCUCUUCAUCGUUAGCAGGUUCUCCAAAGAGCACAGCUGGUUUCUGCCCGUGCUGGCCUGUGGUCUGGGUGCUCCUCGGUUUAUCCAGAUCUGGUGGGGCGUCUCUGGCAUUGGCUACUAUCUUCCCUGGGUAUCUGGUGGCUUGACUAGCGGCGCAUUGGUAUCGCGCAGUCUCUGGCUCUGGCUCGGAGUUCUGGACUCCAUCCAGGGUCUCGGAUUCGGUAUCAUCCUUCUGCAGACAUUGACCCGCAUGCAUAUGUUGUUCACUUUGAUUGCCUCCCAAGUCAUCGGCUCUAUUGCAACCAUCUGUGCCAGGGGUUUUGGUCCCAAUAGUAUCGGACCGGGCCCAAUCUCUCCAGACCCAACCAAGGGCGUAAGCGCCGUCCAAAAUGGCUGGUUCUGGGUUGCUCUUUUCUGUCAGCUGCUCAUCUGUGGCGGAUUCUUACUCUUCUUCCGAAAGGAACAACUUUCGAAGCCUUAGACAAAAAAACAAGAGCUUUGCAUAUAUACAUAUAUAUAUAACACCCUUGGGGGUUUGAGACCUUAACGAUUACAUGGUGUCAUUCAUCCUCGUACAUCUCACCCGAUACGAUCCCUUUGAAGCAUAUAUCAUCAUCAUAUAA